AUGCCUCUCACCGAACUCUCUCAGCAUGCAAUCACAAACCUAGGGCCGCUGACAACUGCCUUCACCGCGCCAGCCUCAUGCGCAACCUCCUCCCUUGGCCUCUAUUUGGCGUUCGAAUCCGCCUUCCCUGACCGCGUGCAGCCCUUUUACCGUCAAAAAUGCGAGGUUCCGGACUACGGCGAGUGUUUUCCUUCCGGCGCCGUGUUUGACGACAUGCGCUCAGCGGCCAUCACGGGCCGCUCCGACCGUGCGGGCACCAUUGCCUACUUCUCGCCCGCAAGCUCCUGCCCCGAUCAGUACACGACGGCCGGUGUCGCUGCCAAGAAUGCCGAGGGCGCGGUCAGUUCGUCUGGGGUUUUUGUGCCGCCCUUCGUCAGGGUGCCGUUUGGGUCUGGACACAUGAGUGACAGGCUGGUGGCUAACCCCCUCGUCAACGUUUUCAUGGAGGCUCUCGAUAGAAAUGAGACUGCGGUCGUUUGCUGUCCCGACGGUUACACUGUGGGGUUCAAUGGCGGUUGCUUCUCGCAAGUUCCAGAGUCCGUAUAUGGCCCGACGACGACGGUGUGUCUCAGAAACACUGACCCUAAAGCCGUGUCCUGGGUGAACGCGACCUUCACCUACAACAACACCGUUGCCUCCGGGCUCGUAUAUUCUUACCUGGCGACCAGCUACGAGGUCACGACCCAGACGCGGACCUUUACUGGUGCCCUGAGCGACUCCUUGAUUCCGGUUGCUUCGAAACCCGCAGUGACAAUGGUCUACAACACGGCUGUGGAGACCGGGGCUGGCGGUGUCGGUGGGGGCGGCACGGCAGCUGCGACAGGAACGGGGGCUCCGAGUGCGGCUCACGGGGCCCGAAUGACGACUUCAGGGGGUAAUUUAGGGAUUCUAGUGACGGUUUGGGCCUUUGCGGCACUUGCUGGUGUUGCUUUGGCGAUGCCUUUGUGA